UCCGAGGGAAUAUUCGUAGCAACAAAAUGAAAGCCGUGCUCUUUGUCGUUGCCACUUUGAUGGCUGUCAGCAUUCAUGCCCAGAGCUGCAAUGUCCCUGAAUAUGAGAACGCUAUUGACACUCCUAUCGGGUGUAUUGAGGGUUAUCCAAAUCUAAAACUGCCCAACUAUGAGAACCCCGGUUCCUACUACACAUGCACAGAUAAGAAGGCCAACACAACAGGUCUAGUCGUCUGCAGCGAAGGCACCUAUUUCAGCUAUCCGCUCCAGAGAUGUGCCAGCUGCAAAGAAUAUAUCCCAACAGUCCGGUGUCAUGGUUUGACGAUCAAUGUCACUUGCGUGCCCAUCAAUGGCACAAGUGUGUCCACAACAACCGUCUCUACCACAGUGAAGGAUGACUCAACCGAAAGCGGCUCCAGCUCUAGCACCACUACCACAACAACCACUACAACCACAACUGAAGCUCCCGGAGAAUCUAGCACCACCACCACCACCAAAGCAACCACCACUACCACCUCCGCACCAACACCACCUACUGCUGAUGAAACUACCACAACAACGGCCAGCGAUGACAGCGUGGUCACACCCUCUGGCACCACCAUCGCUGUUCCCGGACCCCCGUCGCCAGCUGACUCCGAUGUUCCAUCGCCCGAGACUCCUGUGCCCACCGCCCCGGUCAUUGUCGAUGAGCCCCCAACCCCUUCGUCAUAAGUCAAAUUUCUUUUCUAUUUAGCCUUCUCCUGCAUUCAAUCAGAAUAAAGUUUGAUUUCAAUCAA